AUGUUUAAGCAACUGGAAGUGGGAGGAUCUGUCCCUCCAGAGACUGACCAUGCUGUGAGCGUCUCUCUCCCGACAUGGAGAGCAAAUGUGGGCUACGAGAAAGGAGAGAAAUGGGUUGUCGAGGCCAUGACUAGUGGCUAUCCACGAUUUUUCAUCCACAAGAGCAUCCAGGCACUCGUAGAGGAAGUAGUGCGCCGCUUUGGCACUCCUGGAGAGGAGUUUGCAACAUUGUUUCCUUCUCGGAGAACUGCAGACCGCUGCUAUCAGUUUAUGAUUUCACGAUUACCUGCUGAGGAGGCGCCAAAGGUCCGUGUUGUUGGUCUCCUGCAUCGACGGCCUCAACCAGCAGAGGUUAGCAAUGACGUUUUGCAUCCAAGUAUUUCAUCGUCGCUCUUUUGCGUUUUGUACCCGGCUGCACAUAGUGGAGUUGCGAAACAGGUGUGGCAGCACACUGGCGACGGCAUCUCCAGCCGGCGGAGUGAAUUUUGUCUAAAGGCCGUAGAAGAUGGGUAUUUAAUUGAAGAGAGUCAACUCCAGCAACGGAGCGCACACACAGACCAGUGGCCUCACAAGGGACCUAGGCGGUAUCAACGGAACGGUUCUCAAGGGAACAUUUACAAAGACUCAACACCUCAGCAGCCACAAACGCCAAAAUCCAAAAUUCCCUCGUCAAAGGAGUUUGACGAGUUUAUCGAAGAGCGCUUUGGACGCAACUUGAGCACGGCACAUGCCAAUAACGCUAAGCUGGCGGUUCGUAGGCGGAUUGCUGGCUCCCUGACAUGUAAUGGCGAACUUAGUGAAGCCCUUCAGGCCGCUUCAUCUGAUGGGCGAAUAGCAGGUUUAACGGAGGAACAUGUGUACCUGUUCCCUUCGGGUAUGAGUUCUAUUUUCAACACUCAUCGCAUGUUGAUGGCGGCCCGGGGACCAAUGAAGAGUAUUUGUUUUGGCUUCCCUUAUGUCGACACGCUAAAGGUCCUGCAAAAAUGGGGUCCUGGUGUUCAAUUUUAUGGCCAUGCAUCCUCAGAAGAGCUAGAAGAUCUUGAGAAACUGUUGGAAGCUGGAGAGCGGUUCCUAGCUCUCUUUACGGAGUUCCCCGGGAAUCCACUCUUAAAAGCUCCGGAUCUCGAGCGCAUUCGGAAUCUGGCAAACAAAUACAACUUUGCGGUGGUUGUGGAUGAGUCUGUGGGUAACUUCAUUAACGUUAACGUUCUUCCAUAUGCAGAUGUGGUCGUGAGCAGCUUGACCAAGGUAUUCAGCGGAGACAGCAAUGUUAUGGGUGGUAGUGCCGUGUUUAAUCCUCACGGGCAAUAUUACCGGAAACUGAAGACUGUGCUUGACGUGGAGUACGAGGAUAACUACUGGGGCGAGGAUGCCAUAUUCCUAGAGCGGAACAGUCGGGAUUUCGUUUCGCGAAUUGAGCGUAUCAAUGCAGUCACGGAGGAAAUAACUGCACAAUUAAAAACAUCUCCUUUGAUCAAAGACAUUUAUUACCCAAAAUACAACACAACACGACCCUUUUACGAGAAAUGCAAGAACCCCAAUGGAGGAUAUGGAGGCUUAUUUUCCAUAACUUUCCACUCGAAUGAAGAGGCGGUUGCCUUCUACGACGCCUUCGAAGUCAUGAAGGGCCCCAGCUUGGGAACGAACUUCACCCUCAGUUCGCCCUAUGUGAUCCUAGCCCAUUACGGCGAACUAGAUUGGGCCAACUCCCUGGGCGUCCCAACAGACCUAGUAAGAACGAGUGUCGGACUCGAAGACCCCGAAGAUCUCAGGGGAAGAGUUCAGCGUGCCCUCGAAGCGGCAGCGAAGGUAUCAAAGAAACUAUAA